CCCGAGGCCCAGUGGAGAGAAAACCAACCGACCUCGGGCAGUGGGCACCUCGGACACCGGCGCCAUGGACCUGGUCAUAACGCAGGAGCUGGCCCGCGCCGAGAGCCAACAGGACGCUGACGCUCUGAAGAGGGCUUACCAGUUGAUUAAGUCCGCCAACCUGGGCAAGUCCGAGUUCGACCCCACAGAGAGCUUCAGCCCCGACCUGUUUGUCUUAUGUGCAGAGCAGGCCCUGAAGAUGGGGCAGCGGGAGGUGAGUGAGGACUGCAUCCAGAUGUACUUCAAGGUGAAGGGGCCGGUCACCCAGUUUCUGGGCCGGGCGCACCUGUGCAGGGCCCAGCUGUGUGCCCCCAAGUCCACGGAAAACCUGGAGGAAUUUGAAAAUUGUGUGACUCAGUACAUGAAGGCAAUCAACUUUGCCAAAGGAGAACCAAGGUAUUACUUCCUGGUGUACAACGCCUCGGUGCUCUACUGGCGGAUGGUGAGGCCCUUUCUCAAGCCUGGCUACCGCCACCACCUGGUCCCCAGCCUGGCCCAGAUGGUGAGCGUGCUCAGUCAGACGGAGGAGGAGGACAAGGAGUGGCAGGCAGAGCUGAUGCUGGAGCUUCUGGAGUGUUACUUGCAGGCCGGGGAGAAGGCGGAGGCUGCAAGGUUCUGUGCCACCGCAGCACCGUUCAUCAAGGCUCAUGUGCCACAGAAAUACCGGCAAAUAUUUGCCCUCAUGGUCCAACAUGAACUAAUGGACGAGCUUCAGUUAAAGGAAGAAAGGAGAAGUUCGAUCAGCCUGUCUGUCACUUUCCAGAUUAAUAUGCUAAAAGCAAAGCUGGAUCAAAAUGAUUUACCUGAAGAUGUCAACAAAAUUCUGAAGGAGACCUAUAAACGUUUAAGUCAGUACAAUCACCAGCGCUUCCCUGCAGUCAGAGAGGAAAAAAUGAUUUUGCUUUUUGAAUUAGCCCAUCUUUCUCUGAACUUGAAAUGCUGGGAGAUCGCCUCUGAUUGCCUCUCAGACCUGAAGACGAUGGACAGCAAAGACCCCGCGAGGCUGAUUGAAGUCGAGUGCCUGGAGUAUGAAUUGGAAGCUGUAAGACUGGAAAAUAAAAUUAAAACCUACCCCCGAGAGGCUGUGGAGGCCCAGCUGGACAUCGUGCAGAGACUGGACGUCACGCUGCAGCGGGCCGUGCGCCUGGGAGAGCCCCGGCUCAUCCACACUGUGUGCGCCACCCAGUGGAACGCGUGCCUCCCGCUGCUGCAGCACAACCUGCGUCACCACCUGCGGAGGCCGCUGACCAGCAUCGCGGAUGUCCUGGAGCAGGCGGACAGCCUCGCGGCCCAGCUUCGCUGCCAGGUGCACCUGGAGAUGGCGCACAUCGAGGAGGACGCGGACCGGCUGGAGCCCGCCAUGGAGCACCUGAAGAAGGCCAUGGUCCUGGACGGCCUGGGGCUCUACCAGGACAAGAUCAAGAUGGCCCUCAACCGCCUGCAGCUGUGCGCCACCUUGUACCAGGUGCCCGCGCGCGACGAGGACAAGGCCACCAUGGCCAUCGAGCAGGCAAAGAAGGCGAUGCCCAAGGACAGCGUGCGCAAGAAGCGGGCGCUCCUGGUGAACGCGGGGCUGGCCCUGGCCCCCGACACCUUCCAGGUCGUGCUGGACAGCGAGAACGAGGCCAGAGUUUCUACCGGGAAGACCCGGGGCCGCUUCACCUACCUGUUUGCCAAGGCGCGGCACCACAUGCUCAGCGUGGACAAGGCCGUGGGCCAUCUGCGGCGCCUGGGUGGCCAGAAUGACAAGGAGCGGAUACACAUCUGGGCAGAGCUGGCCAAGGUGGCCCGGAAGCAGAACGUGUGGGACGUGUGCCGGACGGCCAGCCGCUUCUGCCUCCUGUACGACAGCGUCAAGGUGAAGAAGCCGGCCAAGUUCAAGCGAGGCAGGAAGAAGAAGGGCUGGGAUGGCCCAGGGCUGGACUCCUGGGGCCACUCAGAAGCCACCCUGCAGAAGCAGGCAUCCCCCACGCUGCUGCGCAAGUUCGCGGAGGUGGGCUUCAUCAGCGCCGAGGCCACCGUCCACCUGCUGCGGUCGGAAGGCGUGCAGCUGAACGACCGGCCCAUGCCCCCCGAGGACAUGAGCCAGCACCCGAUGGGCUACAUACCCGAGUCCCCGGAGGACAAUGCCGAGUGGAUCACGUACCGGAACUGGAUAGAGGGCCUCUCGCAGUACGCCAUGAACUGCUGGCUGCGCUCCGCCGACAUCGGGCAGGAGCUUCAGGAGCCGUGGAUCGUGCAGAACGCCGUGGUCUACGUGCUGAAUCACAACCACCACCUCCUCAAGGCCGGGCGGCAGCGGGAGCUCCUGGACGCCCUGUACCACCUGCUGGGCAUCGUGAAGGCCGUGGGCCACAGUGGGGACUCGCUGCUGCUGGCGAUGCUGUGCAGUGCGCUCGCGCGAGGCCUGAUCAUCCACUGGAUCCCAGCCCUGGUUCCGGAGAAGGCCAGGAAGCAGGCGCGCUCCAACCCGCUCCACACGCCGCUGGACCCCGAGGCUGCCUCUGAAGUCAGGGCCGCUGUGGAGAUCUGCGAGUUUGCCCUGAACCUGACCAACGGGAUGGAGCCCGAGGAGGUGGUGCCCGUGAGUGCCCGGCAGCAGCUCAUUGCCACGUGGGUGAAGGGCAAGCAGCUCCUGCAGCAGCAGAUCGGGCCACGGCUGGGCACGGAGGAGCAGAGCACCAACGAAGACAUCAGCUCCAUGACCAGAGUUCUCGUCGCCCUGGAGAUGUACUCCUGCAACGGGCUGGGCCUCAUGGACUUCACUGUGCCCCCCUUAGCCCAGCUGGUGAAGAUGGCCUCAGAGUGCACCUGGUCCGACCUCCUGGUGGAGUUGCAGACCCUCAUGCGGCUGACCCACUUCACCUACGUGGCCCGAGACCAUGAGGCCACCAUGGCCUGCUCAGAGAAGGCCAUCCAGAUGGGCAUCAAGUACCUUCGGACCUUCAAUCCGGUGGAGGUUCAGCUGCUGGCGGAGAUGCUGAGCUUGGUGGCCUGCACCCAGGGUAGGAGCAUCAUGGAGAACCUCAAGGGGCGGAAGCAGCUGCGCCUGGCGGCCGCCAAGGCCUUCAUCGAGAGCGCCAGGUUUGCAGGCAUCGCAGGGAGCAGCGCCCUGGUGAUGCUGGCCGCCCGGCACUUCUGGAACACCUGGCUCCCGCUGCUGUCCUCCCCCGGCAGCCGGAAGAAGUGCAAGAGCGCCACCCAGAGGAUCAUCGGCAUCAUCAACAAGACGGAGGCCAAGAAGCAGGAGAAAGGGGGAACACUGCUCUUGCACCAGUGGCCCACGGCCGACUUCCAAAGUGGAGGGAUGACAGAAGGGAAUUUCCUCCCAGGGACCGAGGACGACCUAACGCUGCGGGCCGCGCUCUACGGGCUGCUCUUCCACAGCCAUGCCGACCAGGAAGACUGGGAGGGCGGCCUCAAGGUGCUGGAUGAGGCCAUGCAGGUGCUGCCACGGACGGCGCACCGCCUCCUGAUCUUCAAACACAUGGUCAUCGUGAAGGCCAAGCUCGGCCAGAGCUUCCUGAUGGAGAUCCAGAAGUUCCGGGACCAGAGCGAGGAGUACCUGGCCCGCAUGUGGCAGCGCCUGGCCCUCAACUCCAAGAGCGUGCACGGCGAGCUGACCUGCUACCACAACGCCAUCCAGGCCCUGCAGAAGCCGGAUAGCGAGUGGCAGAAGGUGGACUCCAUCAUGGAGUUCAGCGAGUGGCUGUACCACAAGCAGUUCCCUCUGGAGGACGUGGCCUUCCACCUCAAGUGGGCAAUCGACAUCCUGCUGCGGAUGCAGCCGGGGCGGCGCGACCGCGAGCCAGCCGGCGCGGGGGCCGCGGACGCGGGGGACGCAGAUGAGCAGGCGUCCAGUCUGGGGGCCCUAGAGGGCCCGGGGGGCGCAGGGCCCCCCUCCCUGCAGGAGCUGCAGAGCGUGCGGCAGCUGGAGACGCUGGCCCGUGCCUACACCCUGCUGGCCCUGGUGGUGACCCCGUGCUACGCUGGCCACCAGGACUACUGCCUCAUGGCCUACGCCUUCCUGCACCGCAUCUGGCAGGUUUCUUUCUCAACAGCGGGAAAAUCCACUUCAGAAAGUAGAAUUUCAGCAACAGCAAGCUCACACUUGUUGUUGCCUAAAAAAGAGAAAGAGAAAAGCAGAGACAGAGACAAGGACAAGAUCAGAGACAAGGAGAAGGACAAGGACAAGGACAAGGACAAGGGGAGGGACCCGAAGCAGUUCCAGAGUCCUGCUCCUGGCAAAUGCCUUGAAGACUUGCCCUCAAGCCUAGAAGAGUGGGCUUCCUAUGCCUGCCCCGAAGAACUCAUAUCUGUAUUCAAACAGGAUCAGAGUGACUUUACCAUCAACCCGUCAACUAUCCAGAAGCCGACGUACAGUCUGUACUACCUGGACCGCUUGGUGGAGGCCCUGCAGGAGAUGUUCCUUCAUGAGCUCGCAGUCCCGGUCCUGCAGCUGGGGGCGCUCGUCGCGGCCUCCGUGGUUGAAAGCGAGAGUCUGGCGAGCCUCUACCACCUCCGACUUGCCCUGGCUUGUUCUGACUUGAGGUUGAGGGAGGCGGCCACGUACCACGAGGAGAUGGUGGGGCAGGCCUACAUCUGCGACGUGGAGCAGGCCAGCUGCAGAAAAGAAAUUGCCUUGAAAAAGGAGAAAAAUAAGGAACCUCUAUUAGAAGAAAGUCUGCCAGCACUGAAUGAGCUCCCCGCUUCGGCCCCGCAGGCAGAGAUGAAGCCCCUCAUAGCAAAGGAUAAGAUCCUGAAGGUAAAUGAAGAGACCGGCAGGGGCCUGGACGGAACAUCCUUCCCACUGCUGUGGACCCUCAAGGCCGAAGUCCUGCUGAAGAUGGAGCUGUACCAGCCUGCGCGGCUGCUGCUGUCAGAGGCCUACCUGGCCUUCCAGGAGCUGGGCGAUCCUCUCGCACAGUCCAGGUGCCUGCACUUGCUGGCCCAGCUCGCCAACAAGGAGAAGAAGCACGGGCAGGCUCGGCAGAUGGUGGAGAAGGCCCAGCGCCUGGGAGGGAGCGAGGAGUUCUGGUACCAGUCCACCCUGACCCUGGCGGACUCGCUCCUGUCCGCAGAGGGCGAGAGGCGAGAGACCCUGGUCUGCAAGCUGUUCCAGAAGCUCAUAGACACCUUCAACGUGCUCAAGAAAGAGAGGCCAAACCGAAUGCCCAUGUUGGAAUUCAUGACCACAGACCUGGAAGCCAGGUGUGUGAGCCUUCAGAUCAAAGCCAUCGAGGAGCAGCUGGACAGAGACCCCCAGGAGAACUUGUUUCUGACGCUGGAAAUAGACCGCCGCUUGCUGGAGGUGGAGGAGAAGUUUGCCAGCAUCGGCCACAAGGAGAAGUGCAUGGACAUUCAGCUGGAGCGGGCCCGCAUAAAGAGGUUGUCUGCCCAAAGUGAGAAAUUUGAAGAGCAGAGAACUGCAUGUUACUUGGAAGCAUACGACCUGGCCCAGAGAGCCGUGGCUGGAGCGGUGGACCUGUUUCUCAGUGUCCAGAGCUUACUGUCCCUUCACGACCUACAGAAUGUCAGCAGCCCUGUGAUGCGGAAACUGCGGUACCUCAAGCUCAGCCUCGUGGAGGGCUGUCUGGACACGCUGCAGCUCACUUGGGAGGACGCCCGGCGGCGGCAGCUGGAGCAAAGCUCCACGGACAAGCUGCUGUCCGACUUCCUGCAGAGCCCCAGCGACUACACCGCCGUCGGCCUGAAGUGGUUCAGCCUGAAGCACAGCCUGGUCCACAUGGUGCUGGCGCAGCUGGGGAGCCUGCAGUCGCUGAGCGCGGACUCCGAGGAGCCUCACCCAUGGUUCCUGGGCCUGGCCGGGAAGACGCUGCACCUGCUGGCCGAGAACUGGGACCUCCUGCUCCCCGCCUGCUACUGGGAGGAGAGCCUCUGGGGGGGCGCUGAUCUGAGCAGCCUCAGGGGUCUGGAGAUCAACCAGGAGGACCCGGAACAUGAGGGGCCCUACGAUGAACUGCCGUCCUUCAGGGCCACCCCCGAGGAGCGGAGGAAGGGCUGGGAUCAGAGGGUACGCCGGCCCCCACCCAGCCCCAGGCCGCCCGGCCCGCAGAGCCCGCCUGAGUCUGAGGUCCCCCUGCGGAGGAGGGUGGUGCUGGCGCAGCAGUACCUGGCCCAGGCAUCCGAGGUGCUGCUGCAGUGCCUGCAUGGGGCCCUGGGCAGCAACCUACUGGACAUCGCCGCGACCGCCAGCCUGGAGAUGGUGGAGUGCAUGGGCAUCCUGGAGCCCACGACCGCCUGCCAGUUCCUCGCGCUGUCUCAGAGCUGCUCGGCCUCCGAGAGGAUGCGCGAUGUCCUGUUCGCAGCCACGGCCAACACCAGCAGCUCACAGCUGGCCGCGCUGCUGCAGCUCCAGGACAGACUGAGGCGCCAGGAGAGGACCUCCACCAACCUCUGUGCCAGCGUGGAGCAGAGGCUGGCCGCCACAUCCAAGGCUUGGCAAAACCUCCGCGUCACCGAAGAGCACUUUAACCUCUUGAAUGACAUUCCUCCCACCGUUCGGGUCAUCUUCCUGCACCACUCCAGGGACGGGACCUGUCUGUAUGGCGCCUCCUACGACAAAACCAAGUCCGUCCCUGCAGCCAAAGGCAGAAUACUCCAGACAGGGGGCUCCUGCAAGGUGGCUCGGGUGGCCGUGAGCCCCGCUGACUUGUCCCACCUGCUGGCCAGUGUCCAGCAGUUCCGGGAGCAGGCCCAGGCUGAGGCCUACAGUGAGGACAUGGCCCUGAGCACUGGCCUGAAGUCGGAAGGCGUGCACCCGACGGGGGAGGACCGCGCUCUGCUGAGGUUCGAGGUGGUCUUGAAGUCCAUGGAGCAGUACCUGCAGCCGCUGUUCCCGCUGCUCAGCUGCCCCCCGGAGCCCAGAGCACCGAUCCCCGUGGUUGUUUCAGAUUCUGGAAAAACCAAGGGCAAAGACAAGGAGAGGAAAGCGUCCCUGUCCCAGGUGCAGCCCGAGGUCGCAGACGACGUCAUCCUGAUCGCGGACAGGCAUCUGCUGGAGCUGCCGCUGGAAGGGCUCUCCGUGUUCGACGACGGGCUGGUCUCCUCGCUGUCGCGGGAGUUUUCUCUCCAGAUGCUGUGCAAUCGCCUCCGCAGAGAGGAGCCAGAAGGGAACAUGAAGAAGGAGAGCAGAGGCAAAGACCACAAGAAGAGGGGCGCAACACGGAAGGCCAGGAAGGGCAGCAUGCCCCGCAUCGUCCCCUCCCACUGCGUCCUCGUCGACUCGGACAACUUCAAGUUCGUCGUGGACCCCUAUGAGGAGGCCCAAGGCCCAGAAAUGCUGACUCCUGUCUCCGUGACCCGGGAAAUUUUGGAGAGAUUCCGAGACACGUUCACUGGGAAAUGGACGGGGCACCUGGGCAGUAAGCAGUUUCCCAGCCAGGCCGAGUGGGAGCAGCUUCUGGGCAGCUGCACAGGCUUCUUCUUCUACGGGAUGGAGAACUUCCUAUCGCACAUAUUAGUGGAAAGGUUGGCCGCCAUGAACUUGGAAGAGUGUCAGAUGGCAGUGCUGCUGGACCUGGCCCAGUCCUGCGAGAGCGUGCGGCGCCAUGCGGAGUCCGCGGAGAGCAGGAGUGAACUCCAGCUGUCCUUGGAGGAGCCAGUCGAGACCGCCAUCCUCCUGAGCCUGGUGGGGGUCGGGAGCAUCGUGGUGAGCCAGUGGGCUACGGUCCUGCAGGACAACGCGAUGCGGGCCCGGGUCUUGUGGGAAAAUCUGUUGGCGGUUGGCAGGCCAAUCGGGAGAACAACCCGCCUGCUUCAGGAGGUGGGAGCCAGUGAAACUGCCUACCACGACGAGUCCUCGCACGUCUGGAAGGAUGGGCCGGCGGCACUCCGGCCGCAGCUGCAGGGCUCCGAGCGGCUCCCGAUCACCCUCAACAUGGUGCUCUACGGGCUGCCGCACCAGGCCAUCAUGUGAGGGGCGCCCGGCCCGCUCUCGGGGGUCUUCAGCCUCCUCCUGAGACCCCUGCCAGGCUGCCCAGAGGAGCCCCCACCCCGUUCUGCACAGGGUGGCGCCUGCGCGUCUCCACCGUGAAGCCAGGGCCCCGUGGAUGGAGGAGAGUCUCUGGGGGUGGGUGGGGGUACCCGGGCCCACCCCACAAGGGCCCACCCCUUGUUUCUCCAGGCUCUCCCGGGGGCCCCAGGCCUCCAUGACUUGGCUC